AUAAGGUGUCAUCUGCUAAACCCUCGUAUUUUGGACUCUUGUGGAAAAAUCAUCUUGGGGUACAAUUUAUUGCUAUAUCUUGCAUCAAUUAAAAGUUUGCCUUGUUAACCAAGAUCAACAAAUUAAUUUAGCGUCACAGCGUGUAAUAAAGAUUGAGCCAGUCGCGCACCUGGUACAGUAAUCGCUAAAAAUGGCUUUCAACUUCACAGCCUUCACCUACAUCGUCGCUUUGAUAGGCGAUGCAUUUUUAAUAUUUUUUGCAAUAUUUCAUGUAAUCGCUUUUGAUGAGCUAAAAACGGACUAUAAGAAUCCAAUCGAUCAAUGUAACAGCCUGAAUCCUUUGGUGUUGCCGGAAUAUUUGCUCCAUAUUUUCCUCAAUCUAUUGUUCCUACUGUGUGGCGAAUGGUUCUCGUUGUGUAUUAAUAUACCUUUAAUCGCAUACCACAUAUGGCGCUACAAGAAUCGCCCCGUCAUGACAGGCGCCGGACUAUACGAUCCAACAACGGUACUGAGUACAGAUAACUUAACUAAGAACAUGCGUGAAGGCUGGAUCAAAUUGGCUAUCUACCUAAUAUCUUUCUUCUACUAUAUUUAUGGCAUGGUUUAUGCGUUGAUUUCUACGUAGAGGUAAAGCACAUUCUAAUGAUCUCGAAAUCAAAAAGCUAAAAUUAACAACAGCAACCAAUACAGCUCUUACUACAAGCCAUAU